AUGACUGCAAGCUCAAAGAAGAAGAAGGAGAGCAAAAAGAAGGAUUUUCAGAAACCAAAACUGAAAGUCGGUAAAGCAAGACCGAAGGCAGCCAACAACACCAAUACAACUUUCAAGGCCAAGUCUAUCGCCUUGAAACAACAAGCUCUCUCUACGAGUGCGCCCACAUUAGAAGCACAAUGUGCGCACCAUCUUGGUCUACUGAACCAUAAGUCUGAUGCGCAGCGGAAGGAGUCUCUUGCCUUCUUGACCUCCGCAAUGGUCAACAAUCCGCCUACAGUAUCGUUACCACAGCCAUCUUCUGUUAUUAUCCCUGCAGUACAACGUCUCAUCUUGGAUGGCUCCAACAGCGUCCGCCAACAGUUGCUCAGGCUACUACAUAGUUUACCGAUUACCGAUGUCGCGAGCUAUGCAGAUCAACUACUACUGCAUACGAGAGCAGCCAUGACGCAUUUAGCUGCAGAAAUCCGUGUCUUCGGCCUCGAAGUGCUAGAUUGGCUGCUCAAUGUUGCUGGUGAUGAGGUUGUUAGCUGCGCGGGGGGCUGGGUGAAGAUGUUGACGUGUUUCUUGAGCUUGCUUGGCUGGCAGAGUGAAGCCAGUAGCAAAUGGUCAACCGCGAAAUCAUACGGGAAAGCCGAUUCCAAGAUCCAAGCCAAGCAAAUGAAUGCUCUAGCUGCCUUUCUCCGUACUGGAUUAUCCCAUGGACGAAACUCAUCUCUGGUUACCGGUGAUAGCAAUUUUCCUCUUCGGCAGAUCGCGCACCACGUGUUAUCUGAGCGUUCAAGUGUAUACGCACAUCUUAACUUGUUCAGAGCAACGAGGGAUGAAGAAGCCGAGAUGUAUGAGGACCGUGAAGACCGUCAAAGAGUAUUCCAUGAUCGAGCAGAGACAGCGAUCAUGACUGGAUUGGAGCAAGCAACGAAAGGAGGCGGCGAGUUGGGUCGCGCGGCUGCACAGUUGCGCAAGGUGGUCAAAGAAGGCAUGGCUGACUUCUACCGAGAGGAUAUCUGA